AUGUCUGAAGUAUUGUUUGUGAAGCAAGUGGAGAGUGAACGGCGGCGGCGAGUGCAAGCGUGGUAUGUGUCUCCGGAUGAGGAGUGGAGUGUGUCAAGUUACGCGCGAGAGCGGUUUUUGAAUGGUUGUCGAGUGGGAGCUGCAUCGGCGAUUACGAUUGGUGCGUGUGGAAUGUAUGAGAAGGACAUCAGUUGGGGUUACCGGUGUGCGUGGACAUACACGGUGUGGUGUGGUUUCUUAUUGUGGGCAUUGUUGGGUGUGUUGGACGGGAUUUUGUCGCUGAAGAAAUCGGGCAUUGGCGCCACUUCGGCCAAGGUCCACGCUGUGUGCAUGUUGGCGUUGUUGGUGCUGGCCACUUUAUCCCUGGGUGGCUACACAGAAGCGCGAACGGAUGCUGUAUUCACUACCGUUUUCGCUGGAGGUCUACUCUUCAACGCUCUUCUCGUCCAAAUUUACUUCCGCUCCUUCAGCGGACUUUACGCUCCAAUCUGGCCCAGACCUUCCGCCCCCACUGUCCUUCCUAUCUUCGCAACCAACCUACUAGCUGCUGCCGUCUACUGCGCUUGCGUCGGCAUGCAGUUCCAACCACCCAACCUUACUAUACUCCGACUACUUAACGCCUUCCGAAUCGGCGCCUGGGUCCUCUGGCUUCUCGCCGCGUGGGCAUACUUCAAUGUCAUCGCACUUACCUGCGACCCCAGACUUAGACACGACCCAAGAAUAUACAAACCUCUCGAAAAAACACCCCUCACCAAACGACUUGGCACACCCAACCUCGUCCGAUAA